GUUUUACAACCACUCAAGUUUCAGGCCGGGCAGCAACUACAAAAGCCCUUCGCCGAUGAGCAAGAUCUCCCAAUCAGAAGAAGAUCUCUUUGCACCGCCGAAGAAAAAUGGUGUCGUGGCCGGCGAAGAUCAGUGGCAGCAGUUGGCUACCUGUGGUGGUGGUGGUGAUGGUGCAGGUUGCCUUCGGUGUGAUGAAUGUGUUGGCGAAGCGUGUAUUAGAUGAAGGAAUGAGCAUCUUUGUGUUGAUCACUUAUCGGCUGCUCAUCGCCGCCGUCUUGAUCAGUCCCAUAGCUUACUGUGUCGAGAGGCACCAGAGGCCCAAACUGACGACCAGCAUAUGUCUGCUCUUUUUCUUUAGUGGCUUGUUAGGGAUGACGGGGACGCUGUACUUCUUCUUCUACGGGCUGAGUCACACUUCGGCUACGUUCGGCUGCGCCUUCGUCAACAUGACCCCUGUCUUGACCUUCCUUCUCUCCCUCCCCUUUAGGAUGGAGAGGCUGAACAUCAAGAGCAAGGCGGGAUUAUUCAAGGUGAUGGGUACGGUGCUGUGCGUCGGCGGCGCCAUGGUGCUCACUCUGUACAAAGGCAGAGUGCUGACGCCCACGGCUUCGGACUCCCUCCACCAGGCUUCUCAGAAGCUGGCCGCCGGCGAGUCGCAAAGGCAGUGGAUUCUGGGGUCCCUGUCCCUCAUCGCCGGCAGCGUCGCUUGGGCUUCCUGGUUCGUAAUUCAGUGCACCAUCUCCAAGGCGUACCCUGCCCUCUAUUCCAAUAACGCCAUCGUCACCCUGCUGAGCGCCCUUCAGUCUGCUGCCUUCACCUUGGUGUUUCAGAGGGACCCUUCUAUCUGGGCACUCAAAGGAACGCUCCAGGUCGUCACCGUCGUCUAUGGUGGGACCAUCAUCUCAAUACUUGUCUACUACCUACAAACUUGGUGCAUAGGUAAGAGAGGCCCAGUGUUUGUGUCCAUGUUCCAGCCUCUUCUGCUGGUGAUUGUUGGACUGCUUUCCUUUCUACUUUUCGGGGAGCAACUCCACUUGGGCAGUUUAUUUGGUGCCAUCCUCAUUAUCUUGGGCUUCUACUGUGUAUUAUGGGGUAAGAGCAAAGAUAGCCAAAUUGCUCAUGCUGCAAGCAAAUCCGAUGCAGAACUUGGUGCCAGCAAAGAAAUGGGUCAUGGUAGAGUGGAUACUCAGCUAAAUCUGCCUGCUAUGACUGAGAAAUGAAGUAUUUAACAGCAUCUAACAUUCGUAAUUUUGCAACCCUUCCUUCCCAAAUCAACAAUCAUGGCCUUUUGCCUGAGAAAAUUAUCAGUUAAAAUGUAAUAUUUCAUUUAUAAGAAAUUCAUUGUUAUAUAUUCAUGGUAGAGGUGAAAGAGAGGUAUGGAGCAUAGGCAAGAUCUAUAAAAUUUCCAUGAAGUGACUAUUGGUAUGUCUAGUCAGGCGGCGAAAAUGUGCAGCGAUGAGCACACUGUGCAGAACAGAAACAAUGAUCUUAAACUUAGGUGAAAUCAUGAAAGGAAGGAGAAACAGAGUAUAGAGACGCAAGAGAGACUGAGCGAUGAACGUAUUCCAUUUCUCAUGUUGCAAUGAAUGAACACAUCAUAAUAUAUAGACUUUUGAGAGAAAAAAAUAUCUCGCAUGACCUAUACAUUAAUUGUUAUAGUUUGUCCAGCUCAGCAUCAGCACGGGUUUGAUAUGGACUGAUUCUACUCGCUUCUCAGCUGCAAGGAUCGAGAUACUUCUAGUCAGUUUCUCAAAUAUGUAAUUCUCACACUCCUCAAAAUGGUGUGUGCAGAUACUUGUACACCCAGUUUUAUUUGCAAUUUGCAAUAGUGAAAUUGGUCCUUCGAAGAGCUUUGGUGAAUACAAUAACUACCUGAUCCUUUGAAGAAACACGUUCUGCUUUAAUAGUCCGUGUUUGAUAUAAUCACAUACUUCAAACGACAAUCAAUUUCUAUGCGUUUGGCAUGUUGGUGAAAAUGGGUUAGCCAAGAUGUGAAUACCAGCACGAUUAUCACAGAGAACUUCAGCCAGGAAGAUAACUUGACUUUGAGAUCAAGCAAUGGGACUUUAACCAGAACAUUUCACAUAAAUGUCUGCUAAUGCUCUCUUUCUGCUUUUGCAGAUGACCUAGAGACGUUUGGCUGCUUCUUAAUCUUCCAUGAGACUAAGUUCUGACCCAACAAUGUGCGGUAACCUGUAACUAACUUUCUGGUUUCUUGGCAUGUGCCCCAGUCCGCAUCGUAGUAAGCCUUUAUUUGAAGAUGAUUAUCUGCUGUAAGCGUGAUACCCUAACCCGGGUUUUGUUUUUAAAUAGCUUAUUACCCUCAUCAUUAUAGCAAGAGGAUCUGUUCUUGGUCUUUGCAUAAAUCUGUUUAGGACAUUAACUGCAAACAUAAUAUCUAGCCCAAAAAUAGUUGAGUAUAUUAACUUGCCAAUGUGACGUCGAUAGAAGCUUUGGUUCUUUCAGCAAGUUUCCAUCAUUUUUUGAAUUGUAUUUCUGCUGCUCUGGAGGAGUUUCAGCAGGUCUGACGUUGAUGCAACCAGGUUCAGCUAAGAUCUCCAAGCAAUAUUUUCUUUCGUAUAGAAAAAUUCCCUUUUUUUGAUCUAGACAAUUGAAUUCCUAAAAUACUUCAAGUCGCCUACAUCCUUCAAUGAAAAACCUUACUGUGAUGAUCUUCAUUUGGUUCACACAUUCUUGAUUCUUACCUGCGAGUACUAUGUCGUCAACACAGACGAGAAUUGCGAGAACUUCUCACUUUGGCUCCAAGUAAAUAAUGAGUAGUCAGCUUUAGAAUGUUUGAAUCCAUAUUUCUCCAAGUCUAUUAAGAAUUUCUGAAACCAGUUGCAUGGAGCCUGUCUCCAGCCACACAAAGAUAUAUAUGUUCAGUCAACAAUCAUGGUUCUCUUCCUCUUUUCCAUACCUAGGGGGAAGCGAUUUCUUCCUCCAAAUCACUCCAACCAUGGAGGAAUGCACUCUACACAUCCAUCUGCUGCAAAAUCCUUUUUUUUUUAACUGCUACUGCAA